ACAAUUCCAAAUGUAAAUACCAGCAUGCCGAAUUGUUCGUUAAGUUAACGAACAAUGUUUGCGGGGUACAGAGUGGUAUAGAUGCAUGCGCUUGCAUUAUCUUAUUAUAAGCUAUUAAUGAAAUCCAGUUUUCACAGUAAAAAAUUUAUAUCUGACUGAGGUCUGAAAUAUUGUUUUAUUUCUUCUUCGCAAGCUACCAUUUUGUAAAAUGGCGCAAAUUAUCGGAGCAAAUUAUUUUCGGUUACCUCGUCUGAUCGUGAUGUUAUUGGUGAUCGUAGGCCUUGCGGCGUUACCGAUAUGUUUAUACAUUCCUGAUAAGAUACCGUAUGAUGCUUUAGGACCCAUGGGUAAAGUCCUUUCAUACCUCGCUUUUGAUAUACGUGGAGUUGUAAAAAUAGCAUGGUAUGCUAUACUUGUUGUUCAUGUUCUUGAGGCUACAUACGCUUUUGUUUUAGCGGGACAAAUUGGCGUGGAGGGGUUCGCUCGGAUCGCUUGGUUCAUAUCUACUCUGUUUUUCGGAUUUACAUCUCUCUCAAUACUGCACGCUGCCAGGGAAAAACCUUCCAAACAUCGAGUGUGACACCUAUAAAUAGUUGUAAGAGUACCUAAAAAAAUAAGCUAACAAAAAAUAUAUAUAUUUGGGAAGGAUUGGGGAGGGGAUACUCAGAUUCGGUUUAAAUGAGAAUUUUGAAGUGUCUUUAUAUUUUCAAGGGUUACCGUUUCAAUCAGGGGCGGAUCCAGAAUUUUCCCAAAGAGGGAGGGGCUUAUUUUCCUGAUGGAAAUUCGACAAGCCCCCCCCCAAAAAAAAAGGUUUUCGUCCGCAAAAAAACUGACAACCAAAAAAAAAAGAAAAAAAAGGGUCCUCGCGCUCAAAAGGGGGAGGGCACACUUGGGUAAAAAUGGCAUAUUUACAUUAAUCUUUUUUUUAUUAUGAUCCUCAAAGGGGGGGGCACGAGCCGGAUGUGCCCCCCCCCCCCCGGAUCCGCCAGUGGUUUCAAUGGUUACUUCAGAGGAAAGGCCACCUAACCUAAAGGUUUUUCUUCAAAGAAAAUACUUGUGGGGAUGUCAAGGCAUAUUAUUUCACUGUAAAAACGCUGUUUAAAAUUUUAAGCAUGUUGUUUAAGCCCGUCACUAUAACAAAUACUGUUUAAACUUUUUAAACAACUGUUUAUUUAUUGAACACACCAAGAAAUAAAAUUUAAACAAGAAGACAUGGGUUUUCUUAUCCAGAAACCUACUUGGUAAAUUGUUGAGUUUAUAAUAACUUUUACAUGUUUUAUAAGUUAUUUAUCACCAUCCACCGUUUCUAUAAAAUAUAGUUGCAAAUUAUGUUUUCAUGUUUUAUCUACAGUAUACAUGCUAUAGGGCCUGCUCUUCUUCCAAGGCGCCUAUAUCAAGAUUCGACCAAUGAUAGAUUCGAGCUGAUACUGCGAACGAGUCGGUAUCGUGAAUCAAUUGACAAUGUUCUCGACUGGGGGUUGUCGAAAUCACGGGGGUAUAUAAUGGUAGAAAGACGGUUCAAAAACAUUGUGCAUUUUCUUUGACGCUCUUUUCUCACGAGCUCUCUUGCACGUCGUAAUUUCGAAAGCCCCUUAUAAUAUUGUAUGCUAAUGUGUGUAUUUUUUUUAUUUACUCUUAAAUGUAUUUGAAAAAAUAAAGUAUCCUUCAUUAAAUUUA